AUGUCGCAAGGCUGCCGCGCCUGCGCAGAGCUCGUCGGGGGCGGGGAGGUGCGCGCAGUGGGGCUGCGAGCGGCUCCCGGGGGUCUGCGUUGUGUCUUGCAGGAAAAGCUCCUCAACCUGCCCACCGAGGGCGAGCGCCCCCACCUGAACAUCAGUGACCUAGCGAGCUGGCUGGAGCUGUGCCUGGCCGGCCUCGCCCUUAAGUCUGUGAAUAUGCGAGGUUCAUGCAACUUUACAUUUGUAUCAAGAUUACAAUAUGCAACUGGCUUUCUAAACUGGGGUCCUAUUGAUAGCAUUGUAUUUGUAAAAGAUACAAAGGGUAAUUUGCCUCCUACCCACAAUCUGGGCAAUAAAGUUAGUAUCAAGCGGUUACGUCUGUUUCUGAUCUUCGUGCAGGAAACUUGCCCUUGGUUCCCAGAACAAGGAACAGUUUAUGAGGAAACUUGGGAAAGGGUCAGAGAACAAAUCAGAAAACAAUAUACAACGGAGGGUCCUAGCAAGAUUCCCAUCUUUGCUUUCUCCCUGUGGAAUUUAAUCAAGGAGUGCUUGAAACAAAACCCUCCAGAAAAAAACGGAGUUGGUUCAAUAGUUCCACCAAAUAACACUCCGGGGGGCUAUGCCUCCCUCUUACAUAAGAAAUCAGAGUCUGUUACUAAAGACAAGGAUACAGAGGUAAUACCUGUGCCGGGCGGCGAGGCCGAGCGCGUCCGAGCCUUCCACAAGCAGGCCUUCGAGUACAUCUCCGUGGCCCUGCGCAUCGAUGAGGACGAGAAAGGACAGAAGGAGCAAGCUGUGGAAUGGUAUAAAAAAGGCAUUGAAGAACUAGAAAAAGGAAUAGCUGUUAUAGUUACAGGACAAGGUGAACAGUAUGAAAGAGCUAGACGCCUUCAAGCUAAAAUGAUGACUAAUUUGGUUAUGGCCAAAGACCGUUUGCAACUUCUAGAGAAGCUGCAACCAGUUUUGCAAUUUUCCAAGUCACAAACGGACGUCUAUAAUGACAGUACUAACUUAACAUGCCGCAAUGGACAUCUCCAGUCAGAAAGUGGAGCUGUUCCAAAAAGAAAAGAUCCCUUAACACAUCCUAGUAAUUCACUGCCUCGUUCAAAAACAGUAAUGAAAACUGGAUCCACAGGCCUUUCAGGCCACCAUAGAGCGCCUAGUUGCAGUGGUUUAUCCAUGAUUUCUGGAAUGAGACAGGGGACUGGUCCUGCAGCUGCCACUCAUAAGGGUACUCCAAAAACAAAUAGAACAAAUAAACCUUCUACUCCUACAACUGCUGCUCGGAAAAAGAAGGACUUGAAGAAUUUUAGGAAUGUGGACAGCAACCUUGCUAACCUUAUAAUGAAUGAAAUUGUGGAUAAUGGAACAGCUGUUAAAUUUGAUGAUAUAGCUGGUCAAGAAUUAGCAAAACAGGCAUUACAGGAAAUUGUUAUUCUUCCUUCUCUGAGACCUGAGUUGUUCACAGGACUUAGAGCUCCUGCCAGAGGAUUGUUACUCUUUGGUCCACCUGGAAAUGGGAAGACAAUGCUGGCUAAAGCAGUAGCUGCAGAAUCUAAUGCAACCUUCUUUAAUAUAAGUGCUGCAAGUUUAACUUCAAAAUACGUAGGAGAAGGAGAGAAAUUGGUGAGAGCUCUUUUUGCUGUGGCUCGAGAACUUCAACCUUCUAUCAUUUUUAUAGAUGAAGUUGAUAGUCUUCUGUGUGAAAGAAGAGAAGGGGAACAUGAUGCUAGUAGACGUCUAAAAACUGAAUUUCUAAUAGAAUUUGAUGGUGUACAGUCUGCUGGGGAUGACAGAGUACUUGUAAUGGGUGCAACUAACAGGCCACAAGAACUUGAUGAGGCUGUCCUCAGGCGUUUCAUCAAACGGGUAUAUGUAUCUUUACCAAAUGAGGAGACAAGACUACUUUUGCUUAAAAAUCUAUUAUGUAAACAAGGAAGCCCACUGACCCAAAAAGAACUAGCACAACUUGCUAGAAUGACUGAGGGAUACUCAGGAAGUGAUCUAACAGCUUUGGCAAAAGAUGCAGCACUGGGUCCUAUCCGAGAACUGAAACCAGAACAGGUGAAAAAUAUGUCUGCCAGUGAGAUGAGAAAUAUUCGAUUAUCUGACUUCACUGAAUCCUUGAAAAAAAUAAAGCGCAGCGUGAGUCCUCAAACUUUAGACGCAUACAUACGUUGGAACAAGGACUUUGGAGAUACCACCGUUUAAGAAAAUGCCUUUGUAAACCUGCAGAAUAUUUAAUUUAACCACAAACAUGUGAUCUUCAAUAGUUAUCAGCUACAGAAACUCAACCUAAGUUUACAGGACUUUUCAGAAUCUUAUAAUUAUUUGUGAACCAAACUUGAAGAUGAACCAGAAAACAAAUAAAAUAUACAAUGCAAUGGAAUAUUUUGUUGUUGAAGGCGUUUUUGCCUUGGUCAUGGUUAUCUCAAUGGUCACUGUAAGUUAGAGAAAAACAAAAACUGAUUCUGGUCUUCUUUACCAAUAUAAUCAUUGUGUAAAUAAUAUUUUGUAUAUUGUGUUGCAGAUGAAAGUAUUCCAGAGACAGUGACUGGUAGAAGACACAAGAGCCUUUAUCUGUCUUCAAAUAUUUUUUUCUAUUUUCUUUUCAUAAUGUUGUCUUAACUACGAGUGAUUGGAAUGCCAAACACUCUUAAGUUUCUUUUCUUCUUCGUCUUCUUUUUUUUUUUUUUUUUUCAACAAAUCCAGGGUGCCAAAUUAAACUUUUCUAAAUAAUAGUAAUAGGAAAAAGUUAUGUUGAGAGUUUUUAUUUCCUUCAUUAUAACUCCAUGGACAUUAAAUUGUGGUAUUCCUUUCACUUAUUUUCCUAUUACCUUGCUACCAAACAAUUUGGAAAGCAGUAUAAUGGGAACAGAGCAAAUCUGGUAAAACAUAGAAGGUUUGAAGGUUUGAGUUACUCUGUCAUAUACCAUGUAGAUCAGUCCUCAUGUGACCUGCAGUAUUUUUUUUUCCUAAUGUAUUUGUCAAAAAUCUCUUGUAGACUGUUAACUUAUUCCUGAUGAAAUUUAGUUUCUCCUAGAAUUAUCCUAAUAUUUAAUAAAGAGAGCCAAUUUUAACUGCUGUAAAAGUGAUUCCAGUGUGAGAAAAGGGAAAUACUGAAAAAUAAGACAUUUCUAAUUUAUUCCUUAUUACUUUCUUACUGCUUACCAGAUAUUUAGAAGCCAGUGGAACUACCAUCUUUUAUUCUUAAUACUUAUUAAUCCCUUCAAUGAAACUUUUAAAGAAUACUGAAUUUUUAUACAUUGCAUA